GAAAAACAUAUUGAAUCACAAAGGCAAGGAGCGACUAGAAGAACUCUACAUGCUUAGUUCAAAAAGUGACACUUCUGGAGACGAUAUCUCUAUAACUGCACAAGCAGAAAAAAGAGUGGAUGAUAGCAUCAGAGCGCCAUCUAUUGGCUGGAAUGCUGAGCACAAAGAUGUUCAGAUUCCAAGGGACCAACUAACCCACAGGCAGAUCAGCAAGUGCAAUUUGUUUGAGGAAUACAUCAAGCUCCCAAAGAGUGAAUAUGGACAAACAAGCCGCAUGAAGCGAUUCCGAUCCGAAGAGUUAGCUAUUAAGCAAGAAGAUCAAAUCGUGGAGCAUAGAUCAUCGAGUCUUUCGCGGCUAUCGGAUGUCACAAUCAAGCCCACCUGCGAGGUGAGUAGUCAGACUUCGUGGACAGCAGCGGACGAGAGUAAUAUGAAUAGCAAGGAUUUGGAGGCGAAGCUGGCGGCUGUACGCGGCGGUGGUAUCGAUCUCGAAACGGACAAGCCCAGCAAGAUCCAGCAGCACACGAUCCACAUCGAGGUGGAGUCGGUGACAUCGGCCACGGCUAUGCAAAGACCCCCACUGCACCAAAGGAUGUGGCAGGUCCUUGUGCAGACGGCGGAUACGAUUGUCGCAUUCGCCUCUAUAAUCGGCGAGAAUUUAACAGUGGCACUCUUCAUUGUCCUGUGCCUGUGGUGCCUUUACCUCUUACUAAGCCACUUUUAUGGCAACUUGCAGACCAAUGUCGGCAUGCCGUCCAAAUAAUUGUAAUAAGAAUGAUUCGUUUUGCACGUGAUUGUAUGAGUAAAAAUGCAGUAAACAGAAUUAGCAGAACAG